AUGCUGUCAAGGGCUUUGAAUAGCAAGCCUAGAAGGAGCUUUCACGGCGUGGAGAAAGAAGAUAGCUGCCGAUCAGCAGCGUCCAUACUCUCCGAGUAUGGAGGCUUCACGGUGGGGUUCAUGGAUGACCUCCCACUGAUCUCUUGUGAUGGUAGUGAUCAUAAGGGCGGUUGGGCCGAGUCGCAGCAUUUGACCCUUCGGCAGGUGCUCAGAUCAUCGGUGGCAGUGGUGGGCGAGAGCCGUUUGGGGUUUACGGAGAAAGUGGUGCUGCUGGAUGGUAGGAUGUGUGCACUGAAGAGGUUUCGGAAGGUUAGUUUGAGGAGGGGCGAGUUUGGGAGGAGAAUCGUGCGGGUGGGUUUAGUGAGCAGCAUGUCCGACUAUCUUGUUCCUGUCACUGCUUAUUUCUAUAGUAAGAGGAUCAAGUUCGCUGUCUGUGAUUAUUAUCCCAUGGGAAGCCUUGCUGAUUUGCUGGCCAGUGCAAGGGAGCAGAAUCAAACAGCUCUAACUUGGAAUCAACGACUUAAAAUAAUUCUGAGCGUUGCACGAGCAAUUGAAUUUAUCCACUCAAGAAAUUCCUUGCAAGAGACGAAGCACUUGAAGUUGAAUGUGCACGGGAACAUCAAAGCCUCUAACGUCAUGAUCAAUAUAGACUUCACUGCUCGCUUGUCCGACUACGGCUUCAUCCAACUGGCUGAGAGGGUGGAAGUCGGCGACGCUUGGCAGCGUAAACCUCAGCCGAAUUUCGAGCACGGUGAAGUAUUCUGCCAGGAAAGUGACGUUUACAACUUUGGGAUCAUCAUUUUGGACUUGCUGCAAGGGCCUAAUAAGGAUUAUACCAAUGAUAGAGACGGGGGGCAUGUGGAUUUUGAAUUCUGUGUGCAAGGAAAAGAGAGAGAUCAAGCUUUGCAAGUUUUGGAGAUCGGUUUGGCAUGCACAAACAAGUCCCCUGGAGCGAGGCCUACCAUACAGGAGAUAUUACUGUGUCUAGGAGAUGAAGUUUUUAUGUAA